AUGCAUGAGGCUGUAGAGAUGGUGAAUCGGUAUGACGACAUAGAUGGCGGCGGUGGCAACGAGCAGGAUCCGUUGUUUCUGACGACUCCUCCGAUGAAGCAGCGCAGUUACAUGCAGCAUGUGAGAGAGUGGCUUAACAUGGAUGUGGCGGACGCAAAUGAGCCACGAACAAUUGCCAUUAGGUGUGGGGCGGAGGUGUAUUCUGGCCGAGGGUACCCAAGCAACGUGAUUAACAACAGACGCUAUACUCUUCUGACGUUUCUACCGCUCUCUUUGUUUCAUCAGUUCCGGUCAUUUUUUAAUAUUUUUUACUUGCUGCUGGCAUUCUCGCAGCUUAUUCCGGCUCUGAAGGUUGGGUUUAUCUUCACUUACUUCGCGCCCUUGGCGCUUGUGGUAUUGCUGUCACUGAGCAAAGACGCCGUGGAUGACAUUAAGCGAUACCAGCGUGAUCGGGCCGCCAACGAAGAGAAGGUUGAGAAACUUCUUCCUGACGCCUCCACAGGUAUUGUGCGGGCGGCGUCGAUUCGAGUAGGGGACCUGCUGGUGCUGCGCCACGGUCAGCGGAUUCCAGCCGACUGUGUCUUGCUGCGCACCUCUGAGAGGAGUGGGACGUGUUUUGUACGAACAGAACAACUUGACGGUGAAACUGACUGGAAGCUACGGUAUGCCUUGAAAUUGACGCAGCCCCUCAGCAACGAGGAACUCUGUCAGUUUCGCGCGAAUAUUCGCUGUGAGCCGCUUCAUAAAGACAUCUACAAAUUUGCGGGGAUGUGUGAUGUCUCGGGUAUGGAGUCUGAGGCCAUUUCACUUGAAAACACAUUGUGGAAAAGCUGCGUCGUAGCGUCAGGUACCCUUAUCGCUGUGGUGCUUCACACCGGCGUUGACACACGUUGCGCGAUGAAUUCCAGCAAACCCUCCACAAAGAUGGGUCUUAUAGAAAGUGAACUGAAUGUUGUGGGGGCACUAUGCUUUUUUCUACUAUUUCUUAUCUCAUGCUUGCUUGUUUUUGUGCAGGGGUUUCAGGGGGACUGGGUGGCAAUGUUUCUCCGCUUCCUCAUUCUCCUGUCAGUCAUCAUUCCCAUUUCCAUGCGCGUAAACGUGGAUGUGGGCCGCAUGUGGUAUUCGUACGAAAUGUAUCGGGACCCAAAAAUAGCUGGAACCGUUGUCCGCAACACUAACAUUCCUGAGGAGCUAGGACGUCUGCAGUUUUUAUUUGCGGAUAAAACAGGGACGCUGACGAAAAACGAAAUGAAGUUCCGCGUCCUUCAAGUUGGUGCAGACACAGUUUUGAAUUGCAAUGAGGUUGAACGCUUUCGAAAGAUUAUGACGGCAUUUUUUGCUGAACAGCAUGAAUCAGAAGGGAUUUAUCCCACAUAUGUUGGUAAAGGCGGUGCUGUGCAGUCGCAACGAACCUUUCUACGCGAUGUAACAUCUGUGGGAGAAGCGUUUCUGGCGCUUGUGCUCUGCCACAACGUGAGUCCAGUCAUGGAGGAUGGCCGGCUAGAGUAUCAGGCGUCUUCACCAGACGAAGUGGCUUUCGUUAAGUUCUGUAGCUCCAUUGGUGUUUCCCUUGUACACCGCGAUGUAAAUAGUAUGAGGUUUACCACCCCUGGAGGGAGAAUGGUGCAGUAUGAUAUUAUCAAAGCCUUCCCCUUCACAUCUGAUCGUAAGUGUAUGGGAAUUAUCGUUUGUGAGCGGCAGGAACAUGGGAAAGGUGGAUAUAAAUAUCUGAUGAAGGGGGCGGAUACCAAAAUCGCCACUGCUGUACGCCACUCUGAUUGGUUGUAUGAAAGUUGUCAAGAAUUAUCACAGGUGGGGCUUCGAACGUUGGUAUUUGCCCAGCGGCCAUUAACUGAAGAGCACCUUGUAAUGUUUUUGGCGAAGUACAAUGAAGCCAACGCUGAAUUGGGUGAUACGCGCAGCAGUUGUUUAGAUGAGGCCAUGCGUUUCAUUGAAAAGGAUAUGAAGUUGCUUUGUGUCACGGGUGUGGAGGAUGAGCUUCAAAACGAUGUCACAGCGUCAAUUGAAACCUUGGGGAUGGGUGGCAUUAAGGUGUGGAUCUUAACAGGAGACAAGGUGGAGACUGCCACCACUAUUGGCCGUUCAACGCGGCUUAUUCCACGUCAUGGUGUGGUAGAGGUAAUGAAGGUUUCUACAGAAAAAGAGGCUCAGCAACAGUUGGAUACGCUGCAACGACGUUACCUUCCAUUACGCGGCGCUGGUAUCAGCACACCAUGGACACUUAUUUUGGAUGGCAGCUCACUUUCCUUCUGUUUGACGGAACCAGUGUCUAGAAACUUUAUUGAGGUGUCACGCACCGCGUACUCCGUUAUUGUUGCGCGGUGCUCGCCUACACAAAAGGCAGCUGUUGUUCACACCAUGCGCAAGUACUGCGAUAAGACGGUUCGCAUGGCGGCUAUUGGAGAUGGGGGAAACGAUGUUUCAAUGAUACUUGCUGCCGACGUUGGUAUUGGAGUAGAGGGUGUGGAAGGGAAACAGGCCAGUAUGGCGGCGGACUUCUCCAUUACGAGCUUUGCUCACUGUGUUCGUCUUAUAAUUUGGCAUGGGCGUAGUUCAUAUCGUCGUACAUGUCGUAUGAGUCAGUUCAUUAUGCAUCGGGGUAUGGUGUACUCGGUAGUGCAAGCUUUUUUUUCGCUUCUUUUUGCAGGCACUACCAUGUCCGUUUUUAAUGGAUAUCUUCUUAUGGGAUACACCACAAUCUUCACAGUGGCACCCGUCUUUGCGCUGGUUCUCGAUGAGGACAUACAAGAGGAGGACGUUAGUGAGUUUCCGCAGCAUUACAAGGAGCUGUUAAAGGCUCGAUCCAUGAAUGCACUGUCGUUUCUGCAGUGGGCAUGGAUUUCCAUUUUUCAGGGAGGAAUCAUGGUGCUUCUCUCACUUGAGCUCUUCAGCGAGGAGUUGUUCCAGAUAAUGGCAGUUGCCUACACUUCACUGUUGCUGACGGAGCUUAUUAUCGUGGCCUGCACAGCGCACCUUCGCAUACUCUGGAAGCAGCGUCGAAUGCAUCUUUAUUUAUUCAUCGCUGCUGAAUGCUUCUCCAUCGCGUCCUACUUUAUAGCUGUUUUGGUGCUGCCUGAAACGAUUGACCAAGCCUUCUUUUUUUCGUGGAGUUGUUGGUGGCGUGUGUCAGUCAUUACAUUGGCCAUUAUCGUUCCCAUCUACACACUAUGGCUAGUGAGCACCUACGUUGUCUUCAACCAGAAGCUGAGAUAUUCUCUGGUUUGA